AUGAGUAACCCUGCAUACGCCAAUGGAUCUGGAAGCAUUCAGGGUGGUAUUCGCUAUUUGCACAGUCUACCCGGUGACUGUGGUAUCGGGUCCGCAAGAUAUGCCCGGAUCAGCUGCUCAUAUAACAACGCUAUCUCUUGGCACAACAAGAAGAGAAAGCAUGUCAGUGCUCGGUGUGACAAGCUGGCCAAUGAGGCGCACAAGGUCCUAAAGCAUUGGCAGUUCAACUGUGGUGGGGACUGCAUCAAGGUUGCCGGUGCUUACAAGAGCACACACGGCCACUGGGCUAUCAGCGAGCACAGUAGUGAUUGCUAG